CAUACAGCGGAAGCCAACGGCACCUUUGCACUGGACCUUCUGAAGAAGCUGCAGGAGGACAACUCCAAGAACGUGUUCUUCUGGCCCAUGAACAUCCCCUCUGCUCUGGCCAUGGUCUUCCUGGGGGCCAAGGGCAGCACCACCGAGCAGAUGUCCCAGGCCCUGUGCUUCAGCCCGAGCAAAGGCGACAUCCACCAAUGCUUCCAGUCCAUCCUCACAGAUGUGAACAAGACCAGGACCCAGUACUUGCUGAGGACUGCCAACCGGCUCUUUGGCGCCAGCGGCUUGGAGAUCCUCUCAUCCUUCAAGGAGUCCUGCCUCAAAUUCUACCGUGCCGAGAUGGAGCAGCUCGACUUUGCCAGUGCCUCCGAGGAGUCCCAAGAGCACAUUAACUCCUGGGUGGCCGAGAAGAUUGAAGAUAAAACUAAGAAUCUGCUGCCUCCAGUGCCUCAGGUGUCACUCACAGCACUGAUUCUGGUCAAUGCCAUUUACUUCAAAGGAAACUGGGAGAAGUUUCAGAAGGAGAACACCCAAGAAACGCCCUUCAAAGUCAGCAAGACCAAGCCCAAGCCCAUGCAGAUGAUGUAUCAGAAAUCCUCCAAUAGAUUGAUCUACAUUGGAGAAAUCUUCACCCAAAUCCUGGUACUUCCCUAUGCGGGCAACAUGAUCAUCAUGCUUCUGGAUGAGAACACCAACCUGAAGAUGGUGGAGGAGGCACUCACGCUUGAAAAAUUCGCCAAGUGGACGCAGUCUGACAUGCUGGACACCGGUGAGGUAGAGGUGCUACUGCGCUUCAAGCUGGAGGAGAACUACGACAAGGGGUUUCUGAGCGUGCUGGGCAUACGGGACACCUUCGAGCUGGCCACAGUGGACUUCUCUGGCAUGUUGUCCCGGCAGGGACUGUGCCUGUCCAAGGCGGUGCACAAGGCCUUCGUGGAGCUGAACGAGGAGGGCACCGAGACGGCGGCAGCCAUGGCGGUGGAGGUCCUGCUCUGCCAGCUAUCUCGAUUUUUAGUAAUUACUCUUCGUGUUCCUGCAGAGUGUGAACACAUUCCUCAGAAUGCUGAUCUGCUCGUUUCACACCAGUGUCAAAAUGACUUAUUAAAUUCAGCACCUCCUGAUACUCAGUGGCUGAUGUGUUGCUGUCCAAACAGUAAAUGA